AUCUCUGCCGUGGUUCUCGUGUUUCCAUUGGACAAACUAAGAUGGGCACAUUAUACGCUAGGCCCGUAAAAAAACGAAUUAGGCCUGCGUUUUGUGAUUUGAAGCAAGUAUAAAAUUUUCAUCAGACGGCUGACAACGUAAAGCUUCAGCAGCUCAACCAUGGUGCAGAGAUUUUUCUCAGUUCGGCAAAUGGACCUCCAACAAGACCAUCACUCCCACCCUGUUGUGCUUCUGUCCGGCCCUCCUUCCUGCGGAAAGACCUCCUUAUUAUUCCAGUUUGCAUUCAACUCCGCAAUGGAGGCCGCCCACGAUUGCAAAAAUGAUCAAGUAGUUUUCAUCUGCAACCGACGCAGAUUAGAGGCCAAACCCCCUUAUCUUUCCCAGGGCGUUGAUUCAUCCUCUCAAGCAUUUCAACGAAUACAAAUGAAGUAUGUGGACGAUGAGGAAGGAAUUAAGAAGUAUUUUGCUGCAUUUCAUCUGCACGAUACAUUUCCGGUCGCAGUUGUCAUCGAUGAUUUUGGAGCUUUCUUUGAUGAAAGGAGCUGCCAAGAAAGAUAUGGAAACCCACGAGGAAGAGACUUGGCAAUGGUUCGGACACUGGCUUUGUGUCACAAUGCCAUGAUCCAUGCCAAUGAAACAAGGCCUUGCAAGCUUGUGUUAUCAGAUACACACCGCGGAGACUCCCCGCGGUUGCUCUUCAUCUACAAAAGAUGGGUUUCGACCAUUUUUACAAUUCAAGGCGAUGGCUCAGGAUCGUUCAUUGUAAAAGACUAUAGCAAUUCAGGGGGAAGAAGAGUGACUGCUAAGUACUCGGUGGCUCUCCAGAAUCUUUUGCUAGAGGAGAUCACUGAAGCAAGUGAAUCGUAGAUGUAUCGAAAUAGGCUCAAAAUUGGUCCAGGAUCCAUUACUUUCGAUCCGUGCAUUAUGUCAGAGUUAAUAUCUGCUUCACCUUCAUUAGUUUUGCUCAGUGUAAGUUCUGUAAAAAUCCUUUGGGCUCUGUGAUGUGCAUUCUCUGAAACACUAUUUGAUCAGUAUUUCGAUUUUCAA